AACACGACAGCGUGGGAUGCCCAGGUCUCCGCCGCCUGCCAGACCGCCCUUUCCAAGCUGACGGUGGCAAGCAACCCAUCAGGGACCUGUGCUUGCUACAACCUGCCAGCUUUGGACACUCAGACCGGCGCCUUCGAGGCAGACCUUCGACUGUACCAGAUCAGCCCCGCGACAGGCGAUUUCGCUGGCAUCCCGGCAAACCAGGUCCAGGUGUCCAUGAGCUACAACGGCGCCAGCGUCAGUCCUGUGAGCGCCUCCACGGCACAGGCUAUGCUCACCACCCGGCAGGACUUGCAGUUGCUGCAGGCAUAUACAUUUGUCGGCCAGAUCGACCAGAGCAAGAUGGCCGCCGGCGAGUUGUCCACAGUUGAGGCACAAACAUAUGUGAUUCCCACCCUGACUCUUUCGGCGCAAAACGCAGCUGGAAGCACAGUCAGCACCAACGUCUCGGUCAACGAGGCCGCCUUCGUGGCAGGUGCCUUCUCUACCCUGGUUGAGCUGUCGACAACGGCCCAGGCGCAGAUUGCUGUCGACGAGGUUGUUGCAGGGCUCGCCAACGGCACGGUUGCGUUCGUCCUGCCGGGCGUCAACCUUCUCAUCUUCCCCGUGGGGCUCAUUGUCUCGGGCGUCUGGUUCGUCAUUGGUAUCGCCGUCAUCGGCUUUGGCUUCUUUGAGCGCGUCCAGUACCGCGAGACGUACAGGCGGAGAGCGGCAAUGGCU